CGUUCAACCACUGAGCGUAUCGUACCUCGUAGCCUUACUUGGAUUGUUCAUAAUGAUGACUGGACGUGGCAAAGGUGGCAAAGGUCUUCGCAAAGUUCUUCGAGACAAUAUCAAAGCCUGCCAUUCGUCGUCUGGCCCGACAUGGUGGAGUCAAACGCAUCCCUGGACUUCUCUAUGAAGAGACUUGGCGUUCUGAAGGUCGUCCGUGAUGCCGUGACCUAUACCGAGCACGCUAAGCGCAAGACAGUUACUGCAAUGGAUGUCGUUUACGCCUUGAAACGACAGGGACGGACGAUUUACGGAUUUGGCGGUUAGACUGAAUUGGUUUUUGCUAAUCAGUCCUUUUCAGGGCCACCAAAUAUUUCUCAACAAUCCUUAGACUCUGAUCUCUUCCUCUUAACACCGUCCGAAAAAAUAGCAGCCUAUGCAGUCAUUACUUGAAAAUCGGUUUAUACGCUCGGCAAAUGCCACUGUUUAUACUCUCAUUAAGUCAUCGCAAUUGGAGAAGAGUCAAGAACUGAAACCACUUCGUCUGCCUGUAUAACUAGCGUAGAGAAGCGCCACCACAUGCAUAACAUACGAAUCAAAGGAAUGAAUUUUCUGAGAGAAAAUUAGGCGCGCGAUGUACUUGUGUCCGUCCGGGUUAGGCUAGUCCAGUGGUAGUCUGCCUGCCGAACGCGCGCCCGCCGGUCGGAAGUUGAUUGAGGUUAUGUUAGCCUUGUAGCGCGCAUUCGAAGCUAUACACUACUGUUGUAUAUUGCAAGGGAGAGAGAGAGAGAGAGAGAGAGAGAGUGAGUGAAAGACGCGCGUCCACAUCACCCAGAGCAUUGCAGACGCCGUGCAGGAAUCGAAUCUACGAUGGCGGAAACAUGCUGGUACAACAGUAAAAGAAUGCGAUUGGAUGAUGGUUGUAAUAACAAUCAUAACAGUACAACGGAAAAGGAGAAUGAAAAAUGGUCAUAUUCUGGUGACACUAGUCUAGUAGAGCCAGAAAUUCUUGAAGACAUGGGUGUUGGAAUGCUUGCGGAUGGAGAGGCUAGUCGAGAGAGUUUGCAAACAUUAAAAACUCAAGAAUGUACAAUAUCUCCCAAAAACUUUGACAAGUUAAAACCUGCAAGUACCAUGUAUGAAUCACAAGAGACUUACAAGAGCAAUAGUUUUGAAAAAGAAAAUAUAGAUAGAUUGGAUCCAUUUGAAAACGAGGAUGCAGUUAAUUUUUGCGCAAUAAAUAAUGAGUCGGGCUAUGCAUCCAGGGUUGAAAAUGAUAACUUUGUAGAAGCAAAGGAAAAUUUCAGCAAAGAGGAUUCAAAUGAUGCAGUUGACAAACCAGGCAUGGAUCAAUUCUAUCUUUUCAGACGAAAGAAAAAACUAUCUAUAAUAGGAGAAGAUAAAUUUAAUAAACUUUCAGAUGAAAUGAUUCUUAUGAUUUUAAAGUGGCUUCCAAAAAAGUGCCUGGUUCGCUCAAUGUUAGUUUGCAAAAGAUGGUGUCAAAUAGCUCGUGAUGAAGCUCUAUGGACUAGAUUAGAUCUUGGUAGUAAAGUUCUAGCUGGAGGAACUUUAGGACAUAUACUUCCAAGAGGUGUUCAAAUUUUACGAUUAGCUCAGGCUGAAAUUGCAAACCCAGCAUUUCUUUCAAAUAGUGAUAUAUCUUUUGAGGAUUACACUUGUAAACUUCAAUAUCUAGAUCUCUCAAUGGCAGUUGUAUCUGCUGAUUUCUUGGCAGAUUUAUUAAAGAAAUGUAAAUAUUUAAAGAAAUUAUCUUUAGAAAAGUGCACAUUGAAUACUACUAGUUGUGAAGCAAUUAGUAAGAAUGAAGAUUUAGAAAUUCUUAACUUAACUAUGUGCGAAGGAAUGAACUUGAAAUGUGUGAAAAGCAUUAUAAAGUUAACCAGAUUAACAUCCUUGAAUAUGGCAUGGUGCGCCUUAGACUCUGAAUCCAUGGUAUAUCUAUGCCAAUCAUUACCUUUUUCCAUCAAAAGAUUAAAUAUAGCCGGUUGUAGAAAAACAUUGACUGACGAUAAUAUAAAGGACUUGGUUCAGUGCUGUCCAAAUCUUGUAGAGCUGGACCUAAGUGAUUGUACAAUGUUGACAAUUAAUACAGUGCAUAGUUUAAUGAAUUUAGGUGAAUUAGAACAUCUAUCACUAAGCCGUUGUUACAGUAUUCCAACAGCAACACAUCUUAGGCUGGCAUUGCUACCUCGUUUGAAAUGCUUGGACAUAUUUGGUUUAUUGUCCGAAGAAUAUCUCAAAACAUUCAUGGCAAAGUGUGACAAAGUUGUUAUUAACAAGUUCCCAUAUAGUGCUAUAGCACGACCAACUGUAGGUGUUAGACGAACUAGUAUAUGGGGUCAUCGAGUAAGAGAUUAGACAUUCAAUUUAGAAGCGUUUUCUCUAAAAAAAGGCGAGACAUUUAAAUGUCAACAACAUACCAAUGAUUGCUUUUCAUAAGGUAGACUGAAAAUAAGCAUUCAUCAAAAUAAGAUAAAUAGAAUACCGAUACUCAAUCGCUCUUAUGGCAUUUGUCAAUAUUAUGAUGAGAUGUUUGCUGCAGUUCAUCAUCAUCGUCGUCGUCAUUAUUUUUAUUAUUAAUUUUUAACAUUUAUUACCGAAAUGAAAACAUGAAAGCAUAUUUUUAUGGGAAAUGUGAAACUAAAGUGCCUUUAAAAUUAAUAAUGUAGCAUCACAUAAAGCAUAUUAUACGCUUACUUGUUUACAUGUUUCAUUGGAUUAAAUUUUUCACAAGUAAUCCAAAUGUUAAGUUUUCAUUUUGCUGAUUCCGGGUUGCUUGUAUUAAGAAAAAAAUAUAAACACGAAAUAAUCAAAUUGAAAUCUAAAUAAAUUCAAUUAGAUGGGAUUCUUAUUAUCAAAUACAUUUCACAUUUUGUACAUACAUAUACAAACAGAUCAAUAAAUUUUGAGGAAGAAAGAAAGCAUUAUGCUUGAAUUUUUCAAGGCUGUGCAUUAAAACUAUUGCCUCAUAUAUAGCUAAACUUCGUGAUAUAAUGUAUUUGCUAUUCUUAGUAUUCAUAUAAGAAAAUCGUAUUAUGUAAGUUUUUCAAGACAAAAUUUAUUAAAGCUCUAGAUAUUUUUGCUAUAUGAACAAGAAAAAAAACAUUAAAAUGGCAUUUCGACAUAUCAUUAAAUCAAAGCAAUAGAAAUAUAUAUUUACAAGAAACCACUUCGAAUCAAGAAAAAAUAAACAUUUUCAUUUAUAAUAGAAAAUUGUCUAAUUUUUUUCAAACCAUAUAAGGCGACUUGUUGAACAUAAAUUACAGUUCCUUUCCGGUUGUACGGGCCUAUAUUGUUAUAAUGAUACAUCAAAAGGUAAAGAGUGUAUUUAAUUAUAUUUUUUAUUAAAAGAUGUCAGAUUAUUACCUGAAAGGACAGAAAUAUACUAUAAAACCACGUACUUAUGUGUAAGCAUGAAACAUUGUAAUAACAAGGCUAUGAUUUUCAGGAUAAAUUUUUUACACUAUUGUUUUAUUAACAGAAAACAACAAUAACUUGAUCUUAAGAAUUACUUGCGCGAUUCAACUUUUUGCAAAGAAAUUUUUAUUUGCGCAUUAUUUCUGAGUUCUUACCAAUACAGAUCUAUUUCAAAAUGCACCUGUAUAGUUGUAUUUUUUUAUGACACAGUAUUUUGUAAAAUAUAAUACAGAAUAUAAUAUAGAACUUAGGAAAAAAAAUUAUUAAAA